ACAGGACCUUGAGAUCUGAAUCUUGCCUGCAGGAACACUCGCUGGGCAGGAGCCAUUUGGUUUCUGAGUGCAGGGAGCAAGCUCCUGGGAGUCAUUCAAUACAGGAGUCUUUUGGAAACUUUGUUUCUGCUUUCAGCUAGAAAGUUGCUUUAUGCAAAUUUGUGGCAUACGUUAUCUUUUUCAUCAGUUUUGAGGAACUGACAAUUCGAGCAUCCUGUCACAAGGCUAGGCUGAGUUCGAUUAAGUACGGCCAUACUGAGGAAUCGUCAUGUCGGACUCGCUGGUCGUCUGUGACGUGGACUCCGAGCUCCUGGCCCGGCUGAAGAAAUUCCGCUUCCGCAAGGAGACCUCCAAUGCUGCCAUCAUCAUUAAAGUUGACAAAGAAAGCCAGAAGAUGGUGUUGGAAGAGGAACAUGAGGACAUUUCACCAGAUUCACUCAGAAUGGAACUACCAGAGAGGCAACCUCGAUUCAUAGUUUACAGCUAUAAGUAUGUGCAUCACGACAAGAGGGUGUCCUACCCAAUGUGCCUGAUCUUCAGCAGCCCGCAGGGUUGUAAUCCCCAACAGCAGGUGAUGUACGCUGGGAGUAAAAACAGAUUGGUUCAGGCUUCAGAAAUCACCAAGGUUUUCGAGAUUCGGAACACCGAGGAGCUCACCGAAAACUGGUUGUGCGAGAAGCUGGCGUUUUUCCGCUGAUGGCCUGACUUUCACCCUGGCCGUGCAACCAUCUCACCCGGAGAGUUUGGUUUGUUGCAUCAAAGCAUAUUAGAGCAACACAACACAAGCUUCAUUUUAAUGCUGGAGUUUUAUACUGCGGAAAUAAAUGGAAUUGCC